GGACAUCUGAGGGUAGCCAGGGCGUACUCACUCGGUGGGAGUCUGCACAAAGCUGUGCCUGCCCUAGAACGCGCCUACAGGUGUCUGACGUCACAGGAUGACGACACUAUCAGAUGUAAAAUACUGCAUGAGCUGGUGGAGACAGGUCGACAUGUUGAGGAUCAAAUCCCUAGAGAUCUGACAGAGGAAGUUCCUGCCUCACUGUGGUCACAGGUCACCUACUUGUACAUAGAUUCCAAGUUCCAAGAUUGGAAAACAGCUGAGUUUAUAGUAAACAAAGCCUGGAAAAUAAAGUUAAAACAUGAGACCAGUUCUGUCGGUGAAAUACAACCAUUGAAAUAUGAUGUUGAUUUAGGCCAAUUUUGUAAAUAUGAUCAAUUAAAUAAAAAUACACAGUGGGUUUGUCGUCUGCUGCUGUGGUACCUCACUGCUGGCUGUGAUCACCUGCAGCUCAGGUUUCACCCGGGGGACACCUACUUCCAUGCUACAGUCACAAUAGUUGUGUUGACAGCAGAGACUCUCACCAUGGAGGUCAUGAGCCUGCUUCAGCAUGUAGUGGAGAACAUUGUCCUGGUCAACCAUGAAGAAAACAUUGUAGAUGAUAAAGGCAACACUGUGUGUCACCAUUUGGCUACACUAGAUAGUCAGCCAUCUGCUGAAGAAGUCCUGGUUUACCUACUGAACAAAGGUGUAGACAUUCAGAAGAAAAAUAAAGAUAUGAAAACAGCUUUACAGAUAGCAACAAAGCCACAGUUUGUGAAUAUUUUACUCAAGGAAAAUACAAGAAAUCUAGUCACCGAGAUCAACAAUGAUUACUCCUUAAGCAAACAAGAAGCUGGUUUAAGGAAUGACGAUACAAAAAUCAAUCAUUUAAUUAAUCUUAUCUCAUCCAAUUUUCUACCAGCCAAUUUGCCUGAACUCCUCUCAUUAUGUGAUGAAGCCUAUUUGGAAAUGUUGAUGUGUUUAGCCACAUCACAAAAAUGGGAGCUCGUUUUGACUUUGUUUGAUGAGAAAAUGAAAACAGAGCAGGCUGAGAAGUUCGGACACCAUGCUAAAAAUAUUUCCAUUUUAAACCUGAUCAAAGAAUCAAAGCAACUAUGUCAUGAGUCUGUAAAGAUUGAGCUUGUGAAACGACUUGCUGCAGUUAAAGCAGAUUUAACUGAAACAUCAUUGUUGGUAGUUUGCUUACAAAAUGAGGAAUGGGAGUUGGCAAAUACUUUAUUAGAACUGGGAGCCGAUCCCUCUGGGCUAUCACUAGAAGAAGGAGACACACCAAAUCACGCAGCCUUAAAUAUAGCCUUGAACAAAUUUCCAGGUAAUUUUUCCAUAUUAAAAACAUUGAGGAGUAUAUACGAACAGGGUGUCAACCAUUAUCCUAAACUUGAUUUGUCAGAAAAAGAUAAUGGCGGAAAUACCAUUUUACAUGUAGCAGCCAAGUCUGAAUUAAAUGAACAUUCCAUAUUUGCUGUGAAACUGCUAUGUGAAUGGAAUGUAGAUCCAUGUAUAGAAGAUGCUGAUAAAAAAAGGCCAGCUUUUUACUUGAAUGAAGAUGAUGAAAGAUUAAUUUGUUUGAAAUCUCUUCCGAAUUUUGUAGAUAAACAUACUGAAGCAAUAAAAUCACUGGUUACUGAAAUAAACAACAUCAACAAACCAAAAAAGUCUAAAAAGAAAAACAAGAUGGACAAAACAAAGCUCAAAGAGUUGUGCACUCUUAUCUCAACAGACAUGCUGCCAACCAUUUUACCUAUACUUUUGGAAUUGGAUCAUGAGUUAUAUUUGGAAAUGUUGAAAUGUUUGGCAAGAACAAAAAACUGGUUGUUGUUCAUAAGCUUAUUAAAAGAGGACAGGAAAACAAAACCCAAUUGGGAGUUUGAUGGCUUUACAAAAGACAUUUCACUGCUAACUGUUGUUAAAGAACCAAUGUGUGCGGAGUCAUUGAAGAUAGAGAUAGUCAAACAACUGGCUGAGCUGGGGGCUAAUGUUACAAAUAACAAACUUCUACAGCAUUGUUUACAAAAUGAGGAAUGGCUGCUAGCUAACACCUUAUUAGAGGUUGGAGUUGAUCCAGUUGGUCUGUCACUAGAAGAAGGGGACUCACCAAACCAUGCAGCACUUAAUAUAGGCCUGAAUAAAACUCCAGGAGAUUUUACUAUACUACAGACCCUGAGAAAGAUACAUCAAGGAGAUAAAAACUAUCUCCACCUAUCACACAAAGAUGAGGCUGGGAAUACAGUUUUACACCUAGCUACCAGGGCUGCAUUCAGUGAACAUUCUGUCAAAGCUGUUAAGCUCUUAUGUGAGUGGAAAGUAGAAUACAAUGUAAAAGAUGGUGCUGGAAAGUUGCCAGGUUGUAAUUUGACAGAACAAGAUGAAAGAUAUGCUUAUCUAAAAAAAUUACCACAUUUUAUGAGUUCAGAAGAAGCAGAAAAAAAUGAAUCAAUAAAUUCUCAGAAUGAGAGUUUUAGAAAAAAAGCAAUUGAUGUUUUGCAAAAAUUGGUGGAUUUUAGAGGUUUUCUGACACCAGAGGGCAACACAAAAGAAUAUAAGGAGGAGCUUCAAGAUUCAGAUGAGGAGGAAGAAAAUGAUAAAAAUGUUGAAGGCAGUGAAGACACAUCAAAUGAGGAGAGAACUCUUGAAGAUUUAUCUGCUUAUGAAAAUGUGGUUGUAGAUCCAAAAGAUUUUGAGUCUAUGGAGUGGGAUGUUGAUUGCACUGAGGAAGUCUGGAAUUUGUUAAAAUCUACAACAGAAAUCCAAGGUAAAACAAGUGGUGAUUCUUCUGAUGACAUCACUUCCAAAAAGACAAACAGGAAUAAACUUUCGCAAGCAAUGAAAAAUUUAAUCAUGUUAAAAAUCAAAGAGCUUUGUUCUGGUGACUGGAAGUCUAGCCAAAAGAAUGAUGAUGUCCCUACUACAAUACAAUUAUACAAGACUCCUCUACCAAUGGAUGCUUGUAUACUGUGGGAAUGUAUCAUUGCCUUUUCACCCAGACUGAGCCAAACAUUCUCUAUGAAAAGUUCAUCUAGUCCAGCAGCAAAUGGCAAAAUAUUUUCCCAACACAUUCUCAUCAGAGAUAUUGUGCUGAAAAGUUCUGACCUGCAAGCUGCUAUUGAUAAAAUUGUUCAGUCACACAGUAAAGGUCAAGCUAGCAAAGUAAAGAAAGUUCUUAAAGCACAGAUUCACAGAAGUAGAAAUAAAUCUGGAGCAGAUUCAAAGCAUCUACCAAUAAAGUAUACAGAAUGUGAUGAUGCACCAAAAGAAAUUGAUGGGAGAAAAUAUGUCAGCUUUUACCCUCCAGCCAGCUCUCAUUCAAAAGAGCACACAAUCUUGAAGUUCUAUCCUCUCAAUUCUUUAAUGGCGGAGGCAAUCUUGAGAAAUAGUGAUUCAGAGAUUGACUUCCCUUUUCAAGUGACUGACAUUGAACACAGCAUCAUCCAUCUAGAACAGAAUUCACCUAUUCUGUUACUAGGUCGUAGUGGAACAGGCAAGACCACGUGUUGCCUAUAUCGACUGUGGGCACUUUAUUUAAAAGACAGAAAGGGUGGACAACCACGGUACCUCAAAAUUUUGCCUGCAGAAGAGGAUUUAGGUGAAUUUAUUCAAACUGAUGAUUCUGAUGAAAAUGAAUCUAAAGAUGAGAAUGAGGGUGUUGAUGAAUAUGAAUAUCUCCAUCAGGUGUUUGUAACUAAAAAUUCUGUACUUUGUGCUGAGGUCAGAAAAAACUUCAAAAAGUUAUGCAGAACAUCCAAAAUAACUGAAAUAAAUAAUCAAGAUAGGUUGCUAAAUAAUUUACAGGAUUUAGAGGACAACGACUACCCAUUAUUUUUUACAUCGAGACAAUUACUUCUUCUUUUGGAUGCCUCAGCUGAUGGCAAAUCAUUUUUCCCCCGAGAUGAGGAUUUGGCACUGAAACAUCCUAUAGCUGGCUGGGGGAUGCAGGAUAAAAAUCUGGCUAUUAUGUUGACAGAAAAUGUAGCUGAUGAUGCUGAGAAUAGCAAUAGGCAAUCAACUUCAAGUAAUUCAAAAGCAAAGGAAAAAAAGAAAAGGCUAAGAGAAUGCAACUAUGAUAUGUUUUCUACAGAAAUCUGGUCAACAUUUGACAAAAAAAAGACAAGAAACUUCCAUCCUUCUCUUGUGUGGACUGAAAUUAUGUCCUUCAUUAAAGGCUCAUUUGAGUCCCUCUCCACCGAGCAAGGAUAUUUAACACUGCAUCAAUACCAAUCUGUAGGAUUAAAGCAAGCUCCUAAAUACACUGCUGAACGAAAUGAGAUAUAUGAAAUUUUCAAGCUCUACAACUCUUAUAUAAAAGAAUAUAACCUGUUUGAUGAAGCUGAUGUGGUGUCUAACAUUUACCACAGGUUGAAAGGUAUGCACUACAUUCCUUGGACAUUCCAUGAGAUCUAUGUGGAUGAGACCCAAGACUUUACCCAGUCAGAGUUGGCGCUCCUUGUUACAUUAUGUCAAAACCCAAAUAACAUGUUUCUGGCUGGAGACACUGCACAGAGCAUCAUGAGAGGAAUUUCUUUUCGUUUCUGUGAUCUCAAGUCAUUGUUCUUUUUUGUGGAACAAACACAAAAGAGGAAGAAAAGUAGAUCUUCAAAAAUAGAGCUUGAGCAUCUGACCAUCAAUUACAGGUCUCACGCAGGCAUCCUAUCCCUUGCGUCCUCAAUUCUCGCCCUAUUGGAGAAACUCUUUCCCGAUACAAUAGAUUGUUUAGAAAAAGAUCAGGGCAUGUUCGAUGGCCCGAAGCCUUUGCUAAUAGAAACGUGCGAAGCAGCGGAGUUGGCUAAACUCUUGACAGGUAGUCAGAGAGAAACCUCCCAUAUUGAAUUUGGAGCACACCAGGCAAUUAUAGUUGCGAAUCAGCAGACCAAAGAUCUCCUUCCUGAAGAGUUAAAAAAUGGAAUAGUUUUAACUAUUUUUGAAUCCAAGGGACUUGAAUUUGAUGAUAUCUUAAUUUACAACUUUUUUAAAGAUUCACAGGCUGAAAAAGAGUGGCGAGUUGUAACUGAGUUCUUAAAUGCUUUAGCUGAUGAAGCAAAACAAACAAAUGAAGGAAUGGAAAAUUUUGAUUUCGUUUUACUAGAGCACAAGGAUGCACCAAAAGGUUUGCCCUUUGAUAAAAAUCAGCACCAGCUCCUUGAGACUGAGCUCAAGCAGCUUUACACUGCAGUCACACGAGCUCGAGUUAAUGUCUGGAUAUUUGAUGAGUGUGCUAAGAAACGAGAUCCAAUGUUUCAUUUUUUCAAAUCUCAGAAACUGGUGUCACAAGGACAAGAACAAUCUGAUUCAGUCAAAGGAUUUAUGGAAGCCUCUACUGCAAAAGACUGGGUAAAAAGAGGGGAUGAAUUCAUGGCAAAGAAAUUAUUUUUGGAGGCAAUUAAAUGUUACAGGAAAGCCCAGAAGCCAAACAGAGAAAAAAAAGCCAUCGCUUACAGUAAAGCAGACUCAGCUACAAAACAUACAAACUUAAGUCUCAAGAAAAAUGGAUUUCUUAUUGCUGGUUUUCAAUUUGCCCAUUGUAAAUUUCUGAAUUCAGCUGCUCGUUGUUUUCAAAAUGCAGGGGAAAAUGCACUAGCAGCAAUGGCUUUUGAAAAAUGUGGGAAGUUUGAAGAAGCAUAUAAGCAAUAUUUAGAAGCAAAAUCUUAUAUCAAGGCCUGCUCUUGUCUAGAACAGCUUGGACGUUAUGGAGAUGCUGUCAAAGAGUUGUGUAAACAGAAAUUAUUUGAAGAAGCCAUAAAAUGCCACCACAGAUAUAAUGAUUUGAUUAAGGCUCACACAGAAAAUAAGUUGUGGCAAAAUGUACUGUUACAAAACAAGCCUGCCGAUGAAUAUGCACUGGACAAAAUACUAUUGAACCAAGCUGAUUAUUAUUUUUCCGAAAAUAAAAUGGAUGAAGUUCAUGCGGUUAUUAAAAAAUUAGAAGACUCUCAUGAAAAAGUAUCUUUCUAUAAAAGAAAAGAGUUGUGGGAAAAUGCUGCAGAAAUAUUGAGAUCAAAAGGUGAAACCGAGACAGCAGCACAUUUAAUGCUUAGGGGUGGAAAGUUCCUUAAAGCACUAGAGUAUGCCCAAGAUGGAUUCCAUAAGCCUCUGGCUGCAAAAAUACUUUUGCUUAUUGCAGAACAAAAUAAACCUGAGGAAUUUGAUCAUCAUACCAAAAAGGCACUGGGAAUGUUUAUUGAAUUAAAUGACUUUAAUGGACAAGCAAAAGCCACCUUAAUGCAAGGAGUUUAUCGUGAAGAUAUAACAAAAAUAAAUGCUGCAUCCAAAAUUUUCAGUCAAGCUAAACCACAGAACAAUGUGGGAAAAUUCUAUUGUCUAACUUAUGCUGAUGCACCAGAUCCAUUGCUUACAAACACUGAUGUAGACAACUUCUUUAAUGUUUUGAAACUUGGUUUCAAUAUUAUAACAACAAUAAAUGAGGCCCAUUCAGAGAGCAAGCAGCUCAGUUUAAUGUACCUGAGUUUGUUUGGACUAGAGCUUGAUUCACUGACUGAGAACUUGAUUUGCUACACAACUGAUAACCCCCUGCUGGGUGAAGAGUUUAAGGAGGACUCUACAGGAAAAAAGAAAUUCUUUCUAAUCAGCUUUGAAAAGGCUAUCACUAAGUUGGAGGGACUAAUCAUCCAGAAAAUGGAGCAGUGGAUUAUUGAAGUAAAAGAAUCAUUACAGACAGCCAUAAAGAAGAAGAGAGUUUGUAGAAGACAUCUAGAGGGCUUUAAGUGUACAACAUCUGGUUGUCAGCACAAUACCAAUCCCACUAUGGAUGAAGAGUUUGCACUGUUAAAACUUUUUAAUUUAUCACUGAUGCUAGACUUCCAUAUCCAAAGUGGAUCAGAAAAAGUUGGUGAACAAACAAAAACCAAGUCCAUAUCAAAACUCUUGAGUAUUAGCAACUGGGAUUCUGUCCAUGAGUUUUUAGAAUUUGUGCUGCCAGUCAGGGUGUCACCUCGAAGAGCAGAAACUGACCAAAUACAAAAGUUUUUAUCAGAGGUUAGGUCAAUGAAAUCUGGACUUAAACAAGUUGAACGUUAUUUCUACACCCAAAAGAGCACUACGCCUACACCAAAGUGGAUUAUUGAGGCCUGUUUCUUUUCCUCACUACUCAAUUUGAAGUUUCCUUCAAUCAAGCUUGGAACUGAUGAAGAGGAAACACUAGAAAUCGUCUCCUUGAGCAAGGAUUCUAUAGAAAAAUUUGUAUCUGACAAUGACCCAGUGGCUGCCUGUAAGGCUUUUGUUAAACUGAUGGAGAUGAAGGACAAAGACAGCCAUAUCUCAAUGCCCAAAUUAGAUUUGGUCAUCUUUUGGAUAGAAGUUCACUUUUGUACUUUAUGGUUCUCUAUAGCAAAUGGGAGUAAAUCCCAGUCAUCAAAAUGCCAAUUUUAUCUUCCAAAAUAUUUCCUGGCCAACAUUCAUAAUCUAAACAACUGCUUGGCAGAAAAACAAGACAAAAAUAGCCCAAAAACAUUACAAGAAAUGGUUAUAGCUAGCAGGAUUGAUCAUAAAAUUAUAUCUGAGAUUCAGAAUCAGCUAAUUAACAUAUUGAUUGGAAACAAUUCUAAUGGCCUUAUCAACAGAGUAAAUCAAUUGUGUGGAUCAAAACCGCCACAGUUCUUGUUAGCUGAAAGAGUUCUAGUGCUGGCCCUUGUCAUCUUGCUCAACAUUCCAAGAAAUUAUGUCCCUGGAGAUUUUGAACGGCUAAUCAGGAUAGAACUACACAAAGUAAAAAGUACACAAAGCAUGCCAAAACGUCUGCAGUGUUUGAUAGAAAGCGUACAAGCAGCAAAGAAUUACCAUAACAUCAUCACCACACUGGAAAACUUCUUUAGAAGCCUAGACCACAUCAGCCGGCACCAAUCGCCCUUGUUUCAUUGCACUUGGACAGGGCGAUACAACUCACCCAUAAAAAUAAGUCAACUGGACCCCACAAAAUUUAAACCCAUGAACUUCUUUCAGCUUGAUUUUUCUGCAUAUACCAUGGAUGAUCAGGGUCAAAAUAAACAUGGUCACACUUAUCAAGGUCAAAUGAAUAAUGGCCAGAUGAAUCAAGGUCAAAGUAGUCAAGGUCACACAAAUCAAACACAAGUCAGCCAAGGUCAAGCUAAUCGAGGUCAUUCCCAUCAUGCUACAGUUAAUCAAGGUCAAGCUAAUCAAGGUCAGCCGCAUCAUGUUACAGCUAAUCAAGGUCAAGCAUAUCAAGCUAAUCAAGGUCAGCCACAUCAUGUUACAGCUAAUCAAGGUCAAGCAUAUCAAGCUAAUCAAGGUCAGCCACAUCAUGUUACAACUAAUCAAGGUCAAGCUAAUCAAGGUCAGCCGCAUCAUGCUACAGCUGAUCAAGGUCAAGCAAAUCAAGGUCAGCCACAUUAUGUUACAGCUAAUCAAGGUCAAGCUAAUCAAGGUCAGCCGCAUCAUGCUACAGCUGAUCAAGGUCGAGCUAAUCAAGGUCAGCCGCAUCAUGUUACAGCUAAUCAAGGUCAAGCAUAUCAAGCUAAUCAAGGUCAGCCACAUCAUGUUACAGCUAAUCAAGGUCAAGCAUAUCAAGCUAAUCAAGGUCAGCCACAUCAUGUUACAGCUAAUCAAGGUCAAGCUAAUCAAGGUCAGCCGCAUCAUGCUACAGCUGACCAAGGUCGAGCUAAUCAAGGUCAGCCGCAUCAUGCUACAGCUGAUCAAGGUCAAGCAUAUCAAGCAAAUCAAGGUCAGCCACAUCAUGUUACAGCUAAUCAAGGGCAAGCUAAUCAAGGUCAGCCGCAUCAUGCUACAGCUGAUCAAGGUCAGCCGCAUCAUGUUACAGCUAAUCAAGGCCAAGCAUAUCAAGCUAAUCAAGCUCAGCCACAUCAUGUUACAGCUAAUCAAGGUCAAGCAUAUCAAGCUAAUCAAGGUCAGCCACAUCAUGUUACAGCUAAUCAAGGUCAAGCUAAUCAAGGUCAGCCGCAUCAUGCUACAGCUGAUCAAGGUCAAGCAUAUCAAGCUAAUCAAGGUCAGCCACAUCAUGUUACAGCUAAUCAAGGUCAAGCUAAUCAAGGUCAGCCGCAUCAUGCUACAGCUGAUCAAGGUCAAGCUAAUCAAGGUCAGCCGCAUCAUGCUACAGCUGAUCAAGGUCAAGCUAAUCAAGGUAGGACGCAUCAUGCUACAGCUGAUCAAGGUCAAGCAUAUCAAUCUAAUCUAGGUCAGACAAAUCGAGCAUAUGUUGAACAAGCAGAGGCUAAUUUAAUGCCAACAUAUGACAUUCCUGAAGGACAAGGUAAUCAAGCUCAAGGUGAUCAAGCUCAAGGUUAUCAAGCUCAAGGUUAUCAAGCUCAAGGUUAUCAAUCUGCAACUUACUUAGGCCCAGAUAUCCAAGAUAAUCAAGGUCAAGCUGUCCAAGGUUAUGAUCACUUUUAUAGUAACCAAAGUCGUUUUACUAAUUUAAGUCAAUAUCCUGGUUAUGAUGAACCCACUGACCUAAGUCACUUAAAUCAAUUUUAUGGUGAUCAAGAUUAUAAUCCAUUUCAUAGUAUCCAAGGCAAUUUAAAUCAACAUCCUGGUAACCAAGGUCACGCUGACCUAAGUCAUUUUAAUCAGCUUCAUGGUGACCAAGGUCACACUGACCUAAGUCAUUUUAAUCAACAUCCUGGUAACCAAGGUCACGCUGACCUAAGUCAUUUUAAUCAACAUCCUGGUAACCAAGGUCACGCUGACCUAAGUCAUUUUAAUCAGUUUCAUGGUGACCAAGAUUAUAAUCCAUUUCUUAGUAACUGAAGUAAUUUUAAUCAACGUCAUGGUAACCAAGGGCACGCUGACCUAAGUCAUUUAGAUGAAAUUUAUGAUAACCAAGGACAUAAUGGCCAAGAUCAUUUUUUUAUGGACAUAGGAGCGUUAUAACAAUCCAUUUCAUGACAAUCAAUGUCUUGAUCACCAAGAUCAUGAUAACCAAGGUCAUAACCAAGGUCAUGAUAACCAACAUCAUGUUAACUAUGGUCAUGGCAACCAAUUCAUGGUAACAAGGUCAUGGUAACCAAGGUCAUGGAUACCAACUGCAUGGUAAUAAAGGUUAUGGUAAUAAAUUUCACAGUUAGCAAGGUUAUAUUAACCAUGGUUUUAGUAACCAAAGGCCUGAUAACUAUCAUUUAAGUAAAAAGCUUAAUGAUUGUUAGACCCAAGACUAUUUUCAGUCAAAAAUAU